AUGGAUCCUUUAUUCAACACCAAAGAGAUGCCAAACGGGACAGUCGACUCCAACAGCAACAACAACGGAACCGCGUACUGGAACCAGUUCGUGCAGCCGGUGUGGAAGAUCGUCCUGUGGGCGAUCGCGUACAGCUGCAUAGUCGUGGUGUCGGUGGUGGGCAACGUGACCGUGAUCUGGAUCAUCAUGGCGCACAAACGCAUGAGGACCGUCACCAACUAUUUCCUCCUCAACCUGGCGUUCGCCGAAGUCUCCAUGUCCGUCUUCAACACGGUGAUCAACUUCGUCUACGCCGUGCACAACGAGUGGUACUUCGGACUGAUCUACUGCCGCUUCCACAACUUCUUCCCCAUCGCGGCUGUGUUCGCCAGCAUCUACUCGAUGACUGCCAUCGCCCUGGACAGGUACAUGGCCAUCAUCCACCCUCUUCAGCAGCGCAUGUCGUCCAAGGAGACCAAGGUGGUGGUUGGCGUGAUCUGGGUCCUGGCUCUGUUCCUGGCCUUUCCCCAGUACCACUACUCCAACACGUACCAGCUGCCCAACCGCAUGGUGUGCUACAUCGACUGGCCUGAGAAUACCGUGAUCGACUUCAAAAAGAUGUACCAUGUGUGUGUGACCAUCCUGAUCUACUUCCUGCCGCUGCUGAUGAUGGGCUGUGCUUACCUUGCGGUGGGCCUGAACCUCUGGGCCAGUGAGAUCCCAGGAGACUCCUCCGACCGCUACCAGGAGCAGCUUGCUGCCAAGCGCAAGGUGGUGAAAAUGAUGAUUGUAGUGGUGUGUACAUUUGCCAUCUGCUGGCUGCCCUUCCAUAUCUACUUCCUGCUGCACCAGUUCUACCCUGAGAUGUUUGAAGAAGUGUACAUCCAGCAGUUUUAUCUGGCCAUCAUGUGGCUGGCCAUGAGCUCCACCAUGUAUAACCCCAUCAUUUACUGCUGCCUCAACGACAGGUUCCGUGCUGGUUUCAAACAAGCCUUCCACUGCUGCCCCUGUGUCCCUCCAGGCUCUUAUGAAGGCCUGGAACUGAAGUCUACUCGGUACCUGCAGACCCAAACCAGUGUUUGCAAUCGAAGCCGGAUGGAGACGAUCGUUUCCACUGUCCUUCGUGCCGGGGAGGACGCGGAGCAUCCCAAGGUCAAAGCUAGAGGAGGCCUACUGGGUGGGGCCGCCGUUGGCGUGCAGCCACACAGUUCCUCCCUGGACCUGACUUCGAACGGCUCGUCGUCAAGGAGCGUCUCCAAAACUGUAUCUGAGACGUCCAGUUUCUUCUCCAAUAACAACCUGCAGGAAUAGUCCUGCUUUUCACCAGACAGUAGUCAGAGUGCGUGAGUUGACUGUUCACACGGUUGCUUUUGUCUUUUGAGGGAUUCGGGUGGAGUAUUGAGAGAGUGUGUGACUUUACUUGCUGGUGCCUGUUAGUUUCUGUGUGUGUUUUAAAGGAAAGUCGUCCUAUUGAUCUGGGUCCUUAUUCUCUGAGCACUGCCAUCAGCCACAGCCCUACUGAAGAAAAAAAAUAAUUCAUAAGGAGUCAUGUUUAUUGUACACUAAAACCAAACGGCAGCAAAUCAAGAUUAGCACAUUCCAGUAUGAAGGCCAAGCAGAAGCUGAAGCUGAAGCUGUCAUCUCCCAUCUUCACAGCUUCCGAUCGUCAACGCCGCUUCCUCUCAGUGCAGAAAAGAGGGGGCGGGGCUCACAGGUUCUCAAUCACACAAGCCAUGUGACUUCACACAGUCUAUUUUGGACCAGAGCCGCCGUAUAGCAUGAGACGAGCGUGAUGCAGGCAGGGCCUGGCUUUAACGGAGGGGUUUCUCUGAAAGACGAGAAAUUCUUCACACGUCUAGCUGAGAGAAGCCUCUGACGACAGGAGCGCUCUGACGUUUCCACCGUGAGGAACAAAGUAUCAAUUCUGAACUUUAACAGAGAAUUUUGGCGGUUGUUGUUCGUGCGUGGGCGUGUGUGUGUGUGUGUGCGCCACUUGAUCCGAAUGCUAAUUCUUAUCAGCCUGAGCAGGACCGCAUUGGGAAUCCACCGUGCAGAAUGUGUGUCUCCCCGAAAGAGCGCUCUAAAGAUCCCCUGUGGGCUUUUCUGAGAAGUUCUGGCAAUCAGUGCAGACACCAGCAGCGACUGGCUCAUCUUUCAUCUGUCAAAACAUUGACUUCAACAGCUAGCAGCACCGUUUCUGAAAACAAAGGGGUUUUUUUGUUGAUAUUUUUUUUGACGUUGGAAAAGUAACAGCAGGAUGGAUUUCACCUGAAUCCAAACCGCAGAUCAAAGAAAACCGUAUUUCAGAGUCCAACAGAUCUAAACAACUCGUAGAGCCCGGCGAGGAACUCACCGGUUCAGAGUUCUUGGCACCCUGCUCAGUGUUUAUCGAACACUUAAUUACGGGAUUAGAGUAGAGCGAUCUUACAGACUGUGAAGGAUUUACAGUGAGUAGCUGCUUUGUCUUUAUGUGCUUUGGCAGGAUUACAUUUACACCUCACACUGUGUCUGGAGCAAACGUCUCCUUGCUUCUGACAUCCUGUGUUUGAGGUGUAGAUGAUGAUGACUUCUGUCAUGUAGUCAUGUUUAUAAAGUGUAAAUUAGCCAACCGAGAAGGACUAUCAGGGCUGAAAGUCUUUGAGCAUCUUUUGGCCUGGAUUGUUAAAAGUCCGUAGUGUGUAGCUCUUUAACAUGCAGCCGUGUGCCUUGCUGCUUAGCAUAACGUCUGUGAGAGGCUGACAGGAUCACAGCAGCAGCUCAGGCUGCUGUUGUCCAGAGAAACGAGGCUGUGAGGCGAGGAGCCGCAGACACCCACCGGGACAGUCUGUUACAUCCUACAGCACUAACACCCCACUCCCCACAUUCAUUUAUAUUCACAUAGUAAUAUGACCGGUGGGUUUAGAGUUUAUGCUUUGCUGCACUGUUCUUACUCAAACUCUUAAAAAAAAGACUUUAAGGUAUAAUGUGAUAUAGUAUUAAUUGUUUAAAUGUGAUAUCUAUGGAAAAGGUUACUACGUUGUAUUCUUUCAUAGUUUCACUUCUCAUAAAUGGUCGGUUUGAUUAAUUGAUGUCUGAAUGUUGUACAAAUCUCCUGCAGUGUGUUUACUGGCUAAAUCCACAAGAUUUACAUAUUUGCUUUGUAAAAGAAAAAAAGAGACAGACAUUAGCUAGGCAUUAGCUCACAUACUGCAGUGCCUCCAAGAAGUCUCAGUGAGGUGUUGAUGUCUCAAAUCUAGUUUUUGUUCAUAUAAGGGAAAUGGCUUUAUGUUUGCAUCUUUUUAUAAAUGAUAUUUUACAGAUAUAGUCGGCUUACAUCCUGUUUUUAAAAUGGGUACUGCUGGAAAAAUCUGAAAAUGCCACGUAAACAUCCACACAUAAACACCAGUCACAACAGACUAUACAGUUAGUUAUUUUAAACAAGAAUGUCCUGAUAGGGAUUUUUGUCAGAUGGUUUGGGAAUAGGUAUGUGCUAAUACCGACUUCAAUUUUUUCUUAAAUUACUAGAAUCCAGUUCAUGUAUGUCCUCAAAACAAAUUGCACUCCACAUUUAGUCGGUGCCAAUUAUAAGCACCAUAAAAUGCUCUUCAUUGAUGAAAGAGGUGCGUCCUCUUCAGCAGUCUACAAUGAACUCUUGUCUUAAACCUGCUAGUUUUAUGCUACAUAGCUCGCUAGGCUAAAGUUUGCAAUGCUAACUUUGUGAGUUAACUUUAGCAUGCUAACUCGCUGUUUGGAUAUGACUUGGUGAUCAUUCUGCUCCUAACACAGUUCACUGUCACUCGAUAAAUGUGUGUGCACAAACCGUACGGAAAAGCAAAGUUCUUCACCGUCAUAAAACUCAACAGUAAGAAGACAGAGAAGGUGACGUGACACAGAAAAUAGAAAAAAACUUUAGAAUCUAAGCAGAAAGCUCAACAGCAUAAUGUGCCAGGAACUCCCAGUGAAAAUGAUUAAAAACUGCCAUGUCA